AUUUAUUUAAUUCGAGCACCUGUGACUAUAUAUAUAUAUAUAUGGGGCGCCGUACGUCAAAAAAGUCAUUUUCCUCCCUCCAUUACCAGAAGAUGAUAACACUCUUAUGAUGAGCAACGACGAAACAAACAGAAUGACGGCUUCCUCGAACAAGAAAAGAAAAUUUCAAGCUGAGCUGCUGAGAAUGAAUUUGCAGAAGAAGAAAGAAAAUCAACUACCCCACCAUAAGUGUUCUUCAUCGGACUUAAUAAUGAACAGACAUGGCGAAUCAGAGCCGAGAAGGAGAUCAAUUUGUAGGAGUUUGGCUUUCGCAUCCCGACGCGACCACGACGACACUAAAAGCUGUAUCUUGCAUUCUAAGACGACGACUGUGGAGCCAGGUUCAACGACAUCUGCUGGUUGCAGUAGAUUCUUUUUGAAAAUGGAUAAGGAUUAUCCUCUCGCCGCCGAAUCGAGUUUCAGUAGAUCAGAACUGUUGCUUGAUUACGGCUGCUCGGAAUGCCGAAAGGACAACCUUGACCGUUGUAGUAAUAAAGAGCUUGAGGAUCUUCUUUACUCGAAUGAAGCAGCCACCACUAAUUUUGUCCUUUCAUCUGGGAGGUGGUCUGUCACACCAGGUAAUUUAGGUGAUGAUCAUGCUCGGCCAGGCACGGCUAAAAUGACGACGAUAGACAAGGAGUUUGAACAGUACUUUGGCAUGCUUAUGUAAUAAAUGUUUUCGACGUUCUGUACAAGAGAAUUUAUAUAUAUAUAUAUUUCUGGCAACGUUUUUGGAAGAUCCGGCGGGGGCGGUGGUGCCGGUGCAACCGUAGAAGUGGCAAUCAGUCCUGUUCGAAAUGGACAUGAUAGCUACCUGCCAAUGGUGUCUGUACUGUAAUUCCUGGAAUUCAGCACAUUCACCUUAAUUAAUAAAUUAAUUAGAAUCCCAAGGUACAUAAAGACUUACAUGAUCUGCCCUCCUACUGAUACAUAAUACAUUU